UGUCAGGUGGACAACAUUGAUCAUAUAAAUGAUGUUUAAUGUUCUCAUUCUUUCCCACCUUCUGUUCUUUGGACUUUUAUGCAUCUUAAUACAAAUUCUACAUCAAAGGAGUUAAUAGUAAAGUUGCCUGGGCAUUGUUAGCUGAAAAAUAAAUAUAACUAACUCAUUGCAACAAAAAAUAUGUUAAUAGCUUUUCACGAAGAUGGCACCAAAAGCAAAGAAGGAAGCCCCCGCCCCUCCCAAAGCCAAGGCCAAGGCAAAAGCUUUGAAGGCCAAGAAAGCAGUGCUGAAAGGCGUCCACAGCCAUAAGAUAAAGCAGAUCCGCACUUCACCCACUUUUCGGAGGCCCAAGACAUUGCGACUCCAAAGGCAACCCAAAUAUCCACGGAAGAGCGCUCCCAGGAGAAACAAGCUUGACCACUAUGCCAUCAUCAAGUUCCCUCUUACCACUGAGUCAGCCAUGAAGAAAACAGAAGACAACAACACACUUGUGUUUAUUGUGGAUGUCAAGGCCAUCAAGCACCAGAUCAAACUGGCUGUGAAGAAGCUCUAUGACAUUGAUGUGACAAAGGUCAAUACCCUGAUCAGACCUGAUGGAGAAAAGAAGGCCUAUGUUUGACUGGCUCUUGACUAUGAUGCUUUGGAUAUUGCCAUCAAAAUUGGGAUCAUCUAAACUGACUCCAGCUGGCUAAUUUUACA